UAGGAAGCUAAGUUGCGGGUCUCCGGAUCAGGUUCUCAUGUCACGCGGCGCCUCGAAAGCAAAAGGUGUAAAGUGUGGUUGCUCAGCCUGAGGACCCUGCUAGGUAGAGACAGUUCCAGACAGAACAAUGUUGACUCUGAACUCCAAACUGACCAGGAGUCAGCAGAAGACAAUCUGCUCUCAGCUGGGAACUGUCAGAUUGAAGCUUCUGUACAAGGCCAGCAUCCAUGGUUUCACUGGUGAUGCCUUCCACCAACAGUGUGACAACCGCUGCCCCACUGUGUCUGUGGGCUACAACUCCUCUGGUUAUGUGUUUGGAGGCUACACCAGACAAGCUUUUAAUCAGUCUGGACAGUAUGCGCAUGAUGACCAGGCUUUUCUUUUCUCCCUCAGUGGAGAAAAUAUCCACAAAUAUCCAGUCACCAAUGCUUCCUAUGCUGUCAGAAUGAUCAGCAACGCAGGCCCUUACUUUGGAGAAGCAUUGGUUCUUGUCAAUGGAAGCAAACAAGUGGUCCACAGCGAUCCAGGAAAAUAUUAUAACUUCACUGCUGCAGAAAUGCAUGGAAAUGAUCUGAAUCUGACAGAGUGUGAAGUCUACCAGGUGGAACAAACCACCGAACUUGAGAAGCCAUGGAGGACUGUAAUCUGGGAAACUGAGAAGAGGAAUGAGCUGAUGGAGAGCAUCAUGACCUACAAGCCCACCAUCAGUUCUGUGGCACAGGCUCGAGUUUUACUCAUUGGACCAGUUGGAGCUGGAAAGUCCAGCUUCUUCAACUCCAUCAACUCUGUGUUCAGAGGCCACAUCACCAGCCAGGCCAUAUCUGGAUCCUCCGCCAUCAGCCUCACCACACAGUUUCGCACCUACUCUUUGAAAGUUGGACGGCAAGGCAAAACUCUACCCAUCAUCUUGUGUGAUACCAUGGGCCUGGAGGAAAGUAAGGGGGCGGGGCUUGAUAUAGAUGACAUCAGUAAUAUUCUUAAAGGUCACCUGCCUGAUUCUUACCAGUUCAACCCCUCUGCUGCUCUGCAUUCGGAUGCUUAUGGCUACCGCAAGUCUCCAACUCUCAAAGACAAGAUCCACUGUGUAGCUUAUGUCAUAGAUGCUUGCAAGAUCUCCAUUAUGUCUGCAAAGCUGGAAGAGAAGCUGGAUGCUAUUCGAAGAAAGGUCAACAUGAUGGGGAUUCCUCAGCUGGUUCUGCUCACUAAAGUAGACGAAGCCUGCCCUUUGGUGGAGGAAGAUCUGACAAACAUCUACAAGAGUGGAUACAUUAAAGGCACGGUGCAAGAGAUCAGCGCUCGGCUCGGUGUGCCGUUGUCCUGCAUUGUUCCAGUGAAGAACUACAGUGAAGAACUGGAGCUGGACACCAACUGUGACAUCUUGCUGCUCAGUGCUGUCAACCAGAUGCUUCGCUUUGUUGAUAAUUACUUUGAUGAGAUAAAUGACCGACAGCACAACCAAGACAUUUAUCCCUGAUAUCUUCAGAACAGCUCAAGUUUAUACUAGUAAAAGUAGAAAAAAAACCUGCAUGCUUAUAACAAGAUGGCACUUCUAAUCCUCAGUCACAUAAGAAUAACAUCUAAUUCUUUAUCAUACUACUUAUGUUUCAGAUCUGUUCAAAAUGAUUAAUAGUUAAAACAUACAUUAUGUAAUGUAGGAUUUUAUUAAUCUUUAACUGCCAUCAUGGCAUCUUUGGAACUGUAGUUUGCUUAGUUAAGUAUAAUUUCUAUAGAAUCCUGAUGAUACAGGCCCUCUGUAUAUUUACAAGCUGUUUACCAACUCUAGUCUGUAGGUAGAAAAGACUUGUAUUUGACAUUUAAACGCUUUAUGUGCAUUACAUUUAUCAAAAUAAAUCAGAAUGUUUCAAUGCAAUUGAUUAUCAUGAUGAGUGGUUUGAGCUGUGUGACGACACUUCUAAGAGACAUACGUUUUGUUUUAAUUCCUGCAUAUGAAU